AUGCUGCAGCAGCAAGGAAGCAGCAAACUGCUGCAGAGCCUUCUCGGCUCUUGCUGGUGGCCGCCCCAGGCCACGCGGCUGCCAGCAACAGCAGCAGCAGCAGCAGCAGCAGCAGCCGGAGCCACAGCAGCAGCAGCAGGAGCAGCAGCAGCAGCAGCAGGAACCCGGCGCUCUUGCGGCGCAGCUAGCCCGCGCCCGCUGCUGCUGCUGCAGCAGCCGCAGCAGCAGCAGCAGCAACGGUGCUGCAGCAGCUCCAAGCCCACCCACAGCAGCAGCGCCGCCGGCACCGGCCCCAGCCCCAGCAGCAGCAGCAGCAGCAGCAGCAGCAGCAGCAGCAGCAGCAUUGCUUCGUGGCAUGUUAUUCAAGAAAUCGAAAAGAGCAGCAGCAAACCAAUUCGGCCCAUGACCCUCAAAAGGCUUUUGCGGCUGCAGAACCAAAGCGCUGAAGACAGAGUCAAAACGGCGGAGUGGGUGCGGUCGGAGCUGCCGGUGCGGCUGGCGCACCGGCUGUUUGACUUCCACAGACUCCCUUUUUGCUGCUUCUGCUGCCCCCAAUUCAAAAGGGUUUAUGAAUUAUAUUUAAACACUUUCCAAACCCUCAAGCAGCAAAAACCCAUAACAAACCACGAGCAACUGGCGCCCUUCGUCAAGUCCGCCCGCCCCAAACCCUAA